UCAGAUUGUGUCUCUUAGCCAAUAGAGACUAUUCAGCUGGGUGUGUUGCGUUGGAGUUUAAACUUUGGACCCUUUGGAGAAGAGCUUGAAGAUAGACACCACGCUCGUCCUGAACAAAGUAAAUUGGAUAUUUUGACUGGACUGCUAAAGCUGUUUUUGAUUGUCACUGACUUAGACAAAAUAAUGGACCCCAACCCAUAUCAGGGUUGUUAUGGUAUUGAGCUGCUCGACUGGCUCUUUGACCAGAACAAUGGCAUCCUACGUCAUGAAGAAACCAGUCACCAUGGAAACCACCAUAGUUGGCACAUGCAGGACCCAAAUCUGCUACAACCUUCUGACCAGGCCAAUGAAGACUUCCUCACUGCUCUUCUCAGUGGAUCUGACUCUGUCAGAUGCUGCUCUCCUCUCUGGUCGCCCUCCCACAGUGACAGUGGCAUCAGCGAAGAUCCGCAUUCAGACCACAUGGACAGUCCUCUGAGACCUGAGAGUCCCCCUGGUGGAGAAACACAAUAUUACAGUCAUGGGAUACAUACCAGAGAAGCCCUGGAAGCAAGCAUCCCUAAUAUAGUCAAUGUAUGGGACCAGAGUUUCCCAAAUGGAGGACCAGGAAUUACACAAUAUCCUUCUGAUGUCAACAGAGGCCAGGUAUCCUCUGGCACUGCUCUCACUGUCAAGGAUCUACUGCUAUCAGGCACUCCGGAUCCACCCCCGCAGCCCUCGCAACAGUCCAUUCAGGAGUUGGUUCUCAAUGAAGAUGAAAGGAAACUGCUUGCAAAGGAGGGGGUGACUCUGCCCAGCCAACUACCACUCACAAAGUAUGAGGAAAGAAUACUGAAGAAAAUACGCAGAAAAAUACGUAAUAAGCAGUCUGCACAGGAGAGCCGCAAGAAGAAGAAGGAGUACGUAGAUGGACUGGAGAGCAGAAUGGCUGCCUGCAAUGCACAUAACCAGGAGCUGCAGCGAAAAGUUUCCCAACUUGAAAAAUGCAACGUAUCACUGAUGGAACAGCUGCGUAGGCUGCAGGCACUGGUCAUGAAUACAUCGAACAAGCCAGCCCAGGCAGGAACAUGUGUUUUGGUGCUCGUGCUGUCCUUCUCUCUAAUACUGUUCCCUAGCCUCAAGCCGUUUUCCUCCACCAAGGUCACACAAGGAGACUUCAGUCCAGUCAGAAUCCAGUCACGGUCCCUCCAGAAUCUGCAGGCAUCUCGUGUGUUGCACAUCACUAACCCACAAUACACCAAUGAAGAUGAAUCUGUUCUACCACGUCGUCGUUUCCCUGGAGACGAGGCACUGGACCACGUCAACUCUUUGAUGGAAAAACUCAACAUGCACAACAAUGAUGAGCGCCACCUAGAGCCUCUCACACUGAACAGCACAGGCGAAGAAGGUCAUUUCCAGGUGGACCCCAUCACCGGCCACAUAGCCACUGUAACUCUGGACCCACAUCGCCCCACCAGACUGCAACCUCACGCUGACGACAUGUGAGAGAAGGAAUCCUAUGAUAGCGCAGGGGAUUAUGUGUUGUAUACAUACACAGAUGCUGAUUGUUUUGUUCAUUUUUAAUGAUAGGAAUAAAAGAAAAGUAUAUAAUCAAAAACAUAGUAGCUGUGUUCGCUGAUGGUGUAGUGGUUUAAAGCAUGUCUACCCUCUCUCACCCCAUUUCAUGCUACAGCUGUCAAAAAAAA